GAGAAAGCGGGAUGUUGGUUAAGAACUGGUUAAGGGAUGGUUACUGCUAGUUAGCAUGGGGGAGGGAGGGUUAGAGCGAGGGGGUGAGUGGUGAGCAGUGUGAGGAGAGGUAUUGCUAGUUAGUGAGAGCUGGUUAAGGUUAUUGCUAGUAGGAGGUAGUAAAAACUAGUUAGGGAUUGUUAAAUCGAAUUCUUGUAGUUAGCAGCUGGUGAAGGAUUGGUUAUUACUAGUUAAAUGAAGGAUCAUGGUUAGCCAGUUAUAAUUUUUGUGGGGGGUAAAGUAUUCAGCGUUUGGGUUUUACUAACCAGUGUUGGUGGAAAUUGGUUAGUCAGAGCGUGGUUAUUAUUAGUUAGUGGGAGUGGAUUGGUAACCAGGCAGCAUGGGGCCUGGCUAUCAUUAAUCAGUGGGGGCAGAAAACAGACACGGCGAGGAGUUAGCAUGAUAGCAGGUUGCAGAUGGGUUAACCAGUAGUCGAACCAGGUUGUGAAUGGUUAUGAGUUGAGCUGAGUUAUCCAGUGGUCGAUCCUGGUUGUGAGUGGCUUAAUCUGUAAUUUGAGCCCCGUUGUGGACGCAUUAAGUGGUAGUUAAGCUGUUUUAUGGACAGGUUAAGUGGUAGUUGAGCUGGUUAUGUGGUGAUUGCGUCUGUUAAUGAGUGGGUUAAGUGGUUCAGCUGGUUAGUGGACCGGUUAAGUGGUGUUUGUGUCUGUUAAUAAGUGCAUUAAGUGCUAGUUGAGCUGGUACAUAGAUUGGUUAAGCAGUAGUUAACCGGGUUACUAGGGAGGGAUGUCUGAGCGGGAGGAGCGCCGGUUUGCCGAGGUGCCCCGCGAGUCGGUGAAGCUGAUGGCGGAGAGCGCGGGGCUGGAGCUCGGUGACGAGGUGGCGGCCCUGCUGUCCGAGGACGUCUGCUACCGGCUGCGCGAGGUGGCGCAGAACAGCGCACAGUUCAUGAAACACGCCCGGCGCAGGAAGCUCACCACCGAGGACUUCAACCGUGCCUUGCGCUGGGCCAACGUCGAGCCGGUGUGCGGCUACGGGGCGGCUGACGGGCUGCCAUUCCGCGGGCUGAGGGACGGUGAGCUGCUCGUGCCCGAGGACCGUGAGGUGAACCUGCUUGAGCUGGCGCUCGCCACCAACAUCCCGAAGGGCUGCGCCGAGACCACCAUCCGCGUUCAGAUCUCGUACUUGGACAGUAAAGGCAACGAAGAGGCUCAGGGAGUGGUGCCGACAGCCGUCUCCUCCCUCUCGGACGACCUGAUGAAAUAUUACCAGCAAGUCACCAGGGCCGUGCUCGGGGAUGACCACCACCUCAUGAAGGUGGCUCUUCAGGACCUGCAGUCGAAUUCGAAGAUUGCCGCUCUGCUGCCCUACUUUGUGUACGUGGUCAGUGGGGUGAAAUCGGUGAGCCACGACCUGGAGCAGCUGAACCGGCUCCUGCACAUGGUGAAGAGUCUGAUCUGCAACCCGUACCUGUACCUGGGCUCGUACCUGCGCAGCCUGGUCUCCAGCGUCAUGUACUGCAUCCUGGAGCCGCUGGCCGCCUCCAUCAACCCCCUCAACGACCACUGGACCCUCCGGGACUACGCUGCCCUGCUGCUGAGUCAGAUCUUCUGGUGGCACGGUGACUUGGUCGGGGGUCUGUACCACCAGAUCCUGCUGACCCUGCAGAAGGUGCUCGUGGAUCCCGUACGGCCGCUCUGCUCGCAUUACGGGGCGCUGGUGGGGCUGAACGCCCUCGGCUGGAAGGCAGUGGAGAGGGUCCUGUACCCCCAGCUCUCGACCUACUGGCCGAACCUCCAGGCUGUGCUGGACGACAACUCCGUCUCGAACGCUCAGGUCAAGGCCGACGGACACAAGGUGUACGGGGCCAUGCUGGUCGCCGUGGAGAAGCUUCUGAAAGCCAAGGCCUGGCUGCACCCCGGCCUGGACUGCGGCCCCGACGCCCCCUCCCCGGCCGGCAGCCCCCCCCGCGACCCCCCUGCCGACUUCGGCUUCGGCUUGGCCAGCCACCUGCUGCAGACGGUCCCGGGCCCCUCGUCCCCACCUCCGCGGCCCCCUCCGCCCCCCUCCUCGCUGCCCUGCCUCUACCGGCACCUCUACUCCUUCUUCGGGGACAGCCUGUCCCUGCGCUUCGGCACCGGCCCCGGCCUGGCCUCCCCGUCCCCCUCGCCCACUGCCCAGCCCUCCCUCUCCCCGACCCCCUCCCCGGCGCGGGACGGGGAGGCCCCGAGGGCCCAGCCCCCGCCGGAGGGGGCCGAGGCCCCCCGCAAGAUGCCGCAGCUGACCCUCAGCCUGACCCUCAGCCCCAGGCCGGAGGGGAGCCCCUCCGCCGACCCCUCGGGGCCCCGGCCACCCCCGCACCGGGCGGGCCUCGCCGCCAAGCCGCUGUCGGCCCGCCAGGCCCAGCACGAGAGGGACUCGGGCCAGGCGCGGGGCGCGGCGGGGGUGCGGGAGGCCUUCCAGCGCAGCCGGCUGUCCCCCUGCCGCGGGCACCCGACCUUCCUCAUCGCCGGCCGGCAGGUGGGGCUGCGGGUGCGGGGCAGAGUCUUCCAGACCUCCUUCCCCCUGUACCGGGGCCCCAGCCUGGCCUCCAGGUACGGCCAGCGGCUGCCCAUGAUCGGCCGGGCCAACCGGGCCGCCCGGCGCUGGCCACACACCGACUACUCGCUACGCAUGCUCCUCUGAGUUUGCUGUGGGGGGGGCGGCGAGGGGAGAGCGACCCUCUCUAUCCCCCCCAACCCUUUCUCCACUUCAGACCCUCCCUCAGGUGAUACUCUCUCCCUCUCCUCCCCUCUCCCUCUUCCCCAACACACCCCCUCCUCCCCUCUCCCUCCUCCCCUCCCUUCUCCCUCCUCCCCUCCGCACCCCCUCCCUCCUCCCCUCCCCUCUCGCUCCUCCCCUCUCCCCCACUCCCUCCUCCCCUCUCCCCUCUCCCUCCUCCCCUCCCUUCUCCCUCCUCCCCUCCGCACCCCCUCCCUCCUCCCCUCCCCUCUCCCUCCUCCCCUCUCCCCCACUCCCUCCUCCCCUCUCCCCUCUCCCUCCUCCCCUCUCCCCCACUCCCUCCUCCCCUCUCCCUCCUCCCCUCUCCCCCACUCCCUCCUCCCCUCUCCCUCCUCCUGUCCCCAGUCCCUCCUCCCCUCGCCCUUCUCCCCCUCACCUCUCUCCCCUCCUCGCUCCAUUGUGGGAUUCCCCAACAUUGGCAAGCCUCUCCCUGCCCCCCCCCGCUGCCAUCCUGCCACAACGCUAGCUUCCCUCUCUGCCCCACUCCGUAUUGAGCAGGGAGGCGAAGCAGCGCACCUCUCCCCCCUCCAGGAAUACCAGCCCUAGAUCUCAGACCCACCCCACCCCUCACUUCCGUCCCGGGCCGCGUCCUUCCCCGGAGGCGGCAGAAACCGCGGACGCUGGAAGCUGGUGCGACGCACAAGUUGUCGGGGGAGCUCGGGAAGUGGACGGUCAACGGUUCGGGUGAAGGAUCUCCAUGCUGUCCCAUUGGCCGUCCCAUCUCCCUCUGUAGCUUCUUCCUGACCGGCUGAGUUCUGAUCUGCUCUGCAGUCACCUCACGGCAAGUCUACCGAGCUCCUGGGGUAAAACAUCUGCCCGUCACAAAGACUCAAAACCUCCCCCAGCGACUGUCACUGCCGAGAACUACUUUUCUAUGUCACGUUUUGAGCUUUCCGUGUAUAUUUGGGAAUGUUUGAUACAAAGUUUGGAAUUAAAAAGGAAUGAAUCCGUACGCGUGACACUUUCGUACAUUUUGGGGCGUGGUGGAGAGCCACAACGCUUCACAGCGCCGGCGACCCAGGCUCGAUUCCGGCCACUGUCCAUAAGGAGUUUGUACGCUCUUCCCGGGACCAGCGCGU